AUGGAUCAAGUGAAUAGGAGUCCAGAAAUCCUGAUUUUCCCAGCCAUAUCUGUGGGGGAAAGGGCAGCCACCAGGAGCCGCCAACGGGUGAUCAUGGAAUGCCUGAAGAAGUGGGGCUGCAACUUGGACAAGAUCCCAACCAUCAUGGUCCUGGGGUCUGGUGGGGGCACGCGGGCCUCCAUCGCUUGCCAGGCCACCCUGACAGAACUCGCCCACCAAGGCCUGCUUGACUCCAUCAUGUACUUCUCUGGUGUUUCAGGCUCCACCUGGUGCAUGUCCUCUCUCUAUGCCCACGGAGACUGGUCCCAAGAACUGGAGAAGGCAGAGGCUGAGAUGCGUUCGCGGAUCACAGAGGGUUCCUGGGAUCUUGAUGUGGCCCUGGAGAAGGCUAAAUGGGCCGCAGGCUUGGAGCGCUAUUCUCUUACUGACUUCUGGGCCUACUUUGUGGUCUAUGAGCAGACCAAGAUGUUGCAAGAUGACCCUCUGACCAGCAUCAAAGAACAGUCCGAGAAGGGGUUGGUGCCAUACCCCAUCUUCUCUGCAGUGGACAGACACUAUCUGCAACAGUGGAAGAGGAAAUUGGCCCCAGACGCCUGGUUCGAGUUCACCGUGCACACGGCUGGAUUCCCCGCCCACGGAGCCUAUGUCACCACCAACCAUUUUGGCUGCAGAUUUAAGGCCAGGGAGUUGGAGUCAAAGAAACCUGAGCGUGAACUGUCCUACCUGAGAGGCCUCUGCGGCAGUGCUCUUGGGGACUUCCAGACCAUAAUGGACAUCAUCUCAGAUGCGAUCAAGAACCUGCUUGUAAGUAGGAGGGUUCAAGAUAAAGUGUUCAGAGUGAUGUCAGAAGGGCAUCACUGUGAAAAGAUUCUCCUGGACUUGCUCAGCUUGGAGAUUGCCUACUUGGGGGGCAAAGACUGCCUCCUGCUUCUGAACGGCCUGAGAGACAGCCUGAAUGUUUCGCUGACCUUUAAGGAGGCCUAUAAGUCAGCUGAGGUGACAAUCCAGGAGUGGGACAGAAUGUCCUUGGAGGAUAAGAAGAGACUUCUUUCUCAGCUGGUGGAGAAGAUUUUUGAGCUGCCCCUCGUGGAAACAAGCUAUGAAGCCUCUUUCUUCUCCUUCCUGAGAAAAACCUUGCGGUGCCUCCUCAACUGGGACUGGGGAAGCACCAAUAACUUCCUGUAUAAGUUGGAUGACAUCAAUGCUCCAGAGGUGACCGAGCGCAAAGUCCUCCACCUGGUGGAUGCUGGCCUGGCCUUAAACAGCGCAUAUCCCCUGGCCCUCCACCCCGCCAGGCACGUGGAUCUGAUCCUGUCCUUUGACUUCAGCUCUGGGGAUCCUUUUGAGACCAUCAAGGUCGCUUCGGACUACUGCCAAGCCAACGGCAUCCCUUUCCCCCCUGUGAACAAGGCAGAGCUCGACAGAGACGCCAAGGAGCCAUCCGACUGCUAUGUCUUCCAGGGUGGAGAGAGGGAACAGGCCCCAAUUGUCAUGCAUUUCCCGCUUUUCAACAGAAACAACUGCGGAGGUGGAGCAGAGGCUGACAUAGAGCAGUGGCAUAAGAGAUAUCCCACAUUCCGCAUUUCCGGCUACAGCAAGGAUGAUUUCGACAAGCUGGUGCACGUGGCGAAAAUGAAUGUCCGGCACCAAGCGGCGACGAUUGUGGAGAAGAUCAAGGAGCUGGGUCGUUGUGCCUCCCACGUGUAGGGGGGCUGGGAAUGGUGGGACCCUCGAAACCCUCAGGAGAUCCACCAAGCUGCUUCUAAAAGUGAGGAUUGCUUAGAGAACCUAUCGCUCGGGGUCGUGUCCCCACCCUGAGACCCAGGGUCUUCCAACAUACCCUGGAUCCUUUGGCGGGGAGGAGGUGCCUCCAAUAUCUCCCCUACCUCCCAUCCUCGUUAGGAAUGCCUCCCAGAAUUCCUUGUCCCUAGAUUCCUCCUCCUCUCUGAUUCCCUGAGAACAACUCCUCCCU